AUGUCUUUUGGUAUUACAUAUAUUACUAUUGCUAUUCUUAUAUCAUCAACACUGGUAGAAAGUAUUGGAAGGACACAGGCAGCUGGAGCUAAAGGAUACCUUACUUGUAAUGGAAAACCAGCUACUGAUGUUAAAAUAAAAAUGUAUGAUGAUGAUUCUGGUAUAGAUCUUGAUGAUUUUAUGGCAGAAACUACAACUGACUCUAAAGGAUAUUUUUCUUUAUCAGGAACAAAAUCUGAGUUACUUACAAUUGAUGCUAAAAUAAAUAUUUAUCAUAAUUGUAAUGAUAAUGUUCUUCAAAAAUUAUGUUACAGAAAAUUUACAAUUUGGAUUCCAGAUAAUUAUAUAAAUUCUGGUUCAACAGCAACAAACUUUUAUGAUAUUGGAAGAAUUGAAUUAGCUGGAAAGAUAUCUGGUGAAAGUAGAGAUUGUAUAAAUUAA